GGCAAGGUUGGGCUACUCUGUAAGUGGUGCGGUUGUCACCUGCAGGAUCCCGCUUCAGUUAGCGGCGCGCAGUGAGUGCCCUGUUUCUUUGUGCUUGCUGCGUUUCUUCCUCUGCUCAUGUAAUGCACUCCCUGAACCAAGAAAUCAAAGCAUUCUCCCGGAACAAUCUUAGGAAGCAGUGCACCAGGGUGACCACGCUGACUGGAAAGAAAAUGAUAGAAACGUGGAAAGAUGCCACAGUUCAUGUUGUGGAAGCAGAGCCCAGCGGUGGGGGUGGUUGUGGCUAUGUGCAGGACCUUAGCUUGGACCUGCAAGUUGGCGUUAUUAAGCCCUGGUUGCUUCUGGGGUCACAGGAUGCUGCUCAUGAUCUGGAGCUACUGAGAAAGCACAAGGUGACUCAUAUUCUCAAUGUUGCAUAUGGAGUUGAAAAUGCUUUUCUCAGUGAAUUUACAUAUAAGACCAUUUCUAUAUUGGAUGUCCCUGAAACCAAUAUCCUGUCUUAUUUUCCAGAAUGUUUUGAGUUUAUUGAGCAAGCAAAACUGAAGGAUGGCGUGGUUCUUGUUCACUGUAACGCAGGGGUUUCCAGGGCUGCUGCUAUUGUCAUAGGCUUCCUGAUGAGUUCUGAAGAAAUCGAAUUCACCAGUGCUUACUCGUUGGUGAAAGAUGCAAGGCCAUCCGUAUGUCCAAAUCCCGGCUUCAUAGAACAGCUUCGCACCUUCCAAGUGGGCAAAGAGAGCAAUGGCAGUGACCACGUGCCCUCAGUGGACAGGGGCCGUGGCCCAUGAUCUGUACUCUAGCGGUGACCACGUGCCC